AUGAUGAUCUACGAACGUCCGCUCCACGACACUUCUCUCCCCGGCCCCGGCUCUCCUCCAGGCAUGACCGCUUCCAAGUCCUCCAAGUCGUCGUCUCUUGCCUCUCUCCCCGAAGAAGACAGCGCGCUGGCCGACGCGAACCACUUCGAGGAAAUCGGACUUGACGACCCCCAGGUUGACCUCCAUGCCGUCUCCGACCUCAAGAGCACUGCGAAUCCCUACAGUCGCUCCAUCUCCGACCUCCGCUCCGUCACCAAGAAGCCCGUUGUGGCCUCAACCCCCCGACUGCCACAGUUUGUUCGCGAUACCCCCAGGGCACGCCCUACCCGCGACUUCAGCCCCAGUCAGCCAUCACGUCCGACUUUCCCGCCAAGGAGUCCAAAUGGCCGCGUCGCGAGCAUGGGGCUGCUGUCCGAUCCCGUUCGCACACGUAACCUCGGUCCCCCUUCUCGCUCCCAAACGUCACUGAGCCGCCACCGGAGUCCGAGUCCGGGUAUUGCGCUUUCCCCAAGAGAUCCGGCUUUGCCGAUGAAGCCUAGGAGAAGUAGUUGGCAGUCGAAUCGUGAUCGCAAGAGCGCGAUGGAACUCGAGCUCGAAUGCGACGAAGAUGAUGGAGACGAGAUCCCCGACGGUCUGAUUCUUGACAACGUCCCACUGUCUCCCAGACCCCCAUCGGAGAGGAUUCGCAGUCAGCCCCCAUCCAAGUCGCCCUCACCCGAGCGUGCUCCUAAGGAGAGGAUCCGCAGCGUUGGGAACGGCACACCGCCUGUCGCGACAGCACAAGGUUGCCUGAGGUCGCCUACCUGGAAGACCGAUUCAGCAGCCACAUCACCCGGCUCUACUCCUGGCAGCCGCGUUACCAGUCCAGUGCUGGUUAGGCAAAAGAGCUGGACGACCGCGCUGAACCAGUUGAACGCCGAGGCUAAGGCGCUGACGGAGAAGCUCGAGGAGCAUGCGGAAGAGAUUGAGAAGAAGGAAAUCGAGAAGAAGGAGCAGCAGCUCAAGUCCCAGCGCGCCAGCACGGGCUCAUUACCAACCUUCCGGAGACGCUCGGAGGACUCAAAGCCCCGCGUUAAGUCGGCUCUGCCCGAAUUGCCGCCAUUACGUCGGUCUAAUAUUAUGAUCGACCCGCUGCCGAUUUCCAAGGAGAAGGAGGCUGUGCUAUCCAGGACACGUCCGUCAUGGUUACCGCCGAAGGAUCCUGCGGAGGAGCGUCGCCAUCUGAGGGAAUAUCAAAAAAUGAUGCAACAGAGCCUCGAAGCUGAGCGUAAGCGCGAGGCUGCAAAGCGCGCGAAGUCAGAAACCCGCGACGUGGUUGUGGACAGUGUGAUGCAAAUCUGGGAGCGCGACAUUAUCCCUCGCUGGAACGAGGCCAUCCAUGAGCGCCGGACCCGGGAUCUGUGGUGGAAGGGUAUUGCUCCGCGCAGCAGAGGGCUCGUCUGGCCACGGGCGAUCGGCAACGAUCUUGGGCUUACGAAGACCUCGUUCGAGGCGGCACUGAACCGUGCUCGCGAGGUCGAGCAGCGCGUUAAGACCGGGCACGGUACCCCCGAGGAUAUGCGUGCUGUCAAUUGGUUCUCGGAGAUCAGCAGGGAUGUGCGUGAGCGCACCUGGCCUGAUCUGCGCAUCUUCCAGCCUGGCGGGCCACUGCACCAAAGCUUACUCGACGUCCUGCGCGCGUAUGCCAUGUACCGGAGCGAUAUCGGUUACGUCCCGGGUUGCAACACCAUCGCCGCUCUCCUCCUCCUCAACCUCCCCACACCGAUCGACGCCUUCAUCUCACUGGCCAACGUCCUUAACAGGGGCCUACCCGUGAGCUUCUUCUCCCAUGACGUCGGCGGCAAGACCUCCGCCUACAACCUCCUGCUCCAGAACCUCGCCCAAAAAUCGCCCACCCUUCACGAGCACCUCACCACCAAGAUUCCCAGCGGCAGCGACCUCGACCGCUACCUCAACCCUAUCUUCACUGGCCUGUUCACGAGACAUCUCGCCCUUGACGAGGUUACCCGCCUCUGGGAUGUUUACGUCUUCGAGGGUGAUGCCCUCCUCAUCCGUGCCGGUGUAGCCUACCUCCUUCAAAAAGAGAUGGCGUUGCUCGGAACAAAGACCGUUGCUGAGGUCAGGGAAGUCCUGGGCACAGCGCCAGACACAGGCGAUGGGAGAGCUUACUGCCCCAAGGUCAUGGGCGGCAAUGGUGAGGAAGAAAAGUGGAUGCAGGCCGUGCGGGACGCGGGCAAGGUUUAA